ACGUAAUGUUACAUUAGAUUUUCAAGCUUCAUUAUUAUUGGAUUUAAGGUGUACAGGGGUGGGUCUAGUCAGGAGAGUUUAAUUUUGAAGGCGCACCCGGAAGUCUCACUCAUGAUUCCUGCUUCACACACUUCAACUAACUCUAUUCGUUCACAUCAUUUAGAAAGAGUCGGGGCAGCACGAGCACGCGCGCGAGCACGAGCGUCCCGCGUGGACGCCGGUAUAAAACCGAAGCUGCAGGUGGAGACAAAAGUCUGCGUAAAGAGGAUUUGGUGCGUGAGGAGCGCGAGCAGAGCAUCCAGAAAUGUACAGAGUCAGUAAAACCCACAUGACCUUUCCCAUGCCCCUCCACGGCAUGGGCACAGCCCCCUUCUUCAAGGUGACUGUGUUUGAGCAGGAGCACUUCCAGGGCAAGUGUCUGGAGUUCACCUCCGAGUGCUGCAACAUCCACAACUGUGGCAUGGACAACAUCCGCUCCAUCCGAGUGGAGAGUGGAGCCUGGGUCGGUUACGAGCAUCACGAUUUCCAGGGCCAGCAGUUCAUCCUGGAGAGAGGCGAGUACGCCAACUGGGAGGCCUUCAGUGGCUCCCUGUCCUACCACUCCGAGCGCUUCAUGUCUCUACGCCCCAUCUACUGCGCCUCUCACCAAAGCAGCCGUAUGAUGAUCUUCGAGAAGGAGAACUUCAUCGGCCGCAACGCCGAGCUGUGCGACGACUACCCCUCCCUGCAGGCCAUGGGCUGGUUCAUGCCUCGGGUGGGCUCCAUGCAUGUGCAGUGCGGCGCCUUCGUGUGCUAUGAGUAUCCCGGCUACAGAGGCCAGCAGUACAUCAUGGAGUGUGAAAGACACAGCGGAGACUUCCAGCACUGGAGGAACUGGGGCUCCCACUGCCAGACGCCAAAGAUCCAAUCCAUCAGACGCAUCAGGCACUGAGAGUUGCCCGAUCAGGACUGGCGGCAGCAGCAGCAGCACAGCCUGGGAUCAGGCUAACUCCUGGUCGCCUGAACUCACAGUUGGGUUUGGAGCUUAGGGCCAGGACCGCAAACUACAACACAAACCAUCAGUGAUGUAGCAGCUACCUCUUUAUACCAGCACAUAAUCAUACUUCACUUUAUUACGAAGAGUGUUUUGUUUUGGUACAAGUGGAAUAAAGUUCAGAGUUAUUAGAACAUGAAAAGAGAUUUCUGUAAUUCUUGUGUGAGCAAUGUUUCUGUUGUUCUUUUUUUUUCCACAUUAAUGAUCAGUAAAUCCAUCAAUGAAGCGGGUGGAUGUUUGUUCCUCAAUACAGAGACUGAGAGAACAGAACACAGAAAAGUCACUAAGCAAUAAAUGCUGAUAAUUAUUUACGUAAUUCUCCGUGUGUGAAACGACAUAGGUGGCAAUUAUUCCAAACGUAAGAUUUUUUUUUUUUUAAUAGAAUUUGCUGCACAACAUCAGCACUGUAUGUGUGUAACUACACUGCAGCACAGAGGGAGCAUUUAGAGAUCUUACCACAAUGUUUGAGUGUUUAUUCCUUUUUGAAACUUAACACUUUUAGUCCAAGAUCCACUUAAUGCAAACACUUCAGAACCUCCUAUGUUCCUCCUAUGUUCUGUGUCACUGCAACUGUAAUGAAAUUAUUAUUCAAGUCUUGCUAUUCUUUGCGUCGGCUUCAAGUUUCCAUGGCAAUAGGUGUUCUGCUGUUACCGCUAACUUAAUGUAAAGUAGUGACUCUGACAACACCCCGCCCACCAGUCAGGAGAAACGCAAUCAACAGCGCUAAACUUCCGUCUUUAAAGUGUGGCCAUAUUUAAGAAAAAAGCACAGAUCUAUUCCUGUGAACACAACCAGCAGUGUUACAUGACAUAAAUGAACAAGGUAUCGGUGCAACAUAAAGGAGAUUUAUUCACUGAAACACCUCUGAUUUUCAUGUUAACUGCUAAAUUAAAUAUAUAGCAGGAUUGCUUUCCUUCCUUCUACAGCUUGUUUAAAUAGAAAUGUACACUUUGGUUACUGUAACUGAAUAAAGGAUUAACUGCAUCCAAACUUAAUGUACAACGCAGGAAAGAGAUGAAAUAUAUGACCAUCUGUAUGGAAGCGUGACAGCUUGCAGCCCUGAAUAAGCCAAGUAAAUGCCUUUUUUUUUUAACUUCAAGUGAGCAUGACGUAACUUCAGAAACCGACAAAACAAAACAAAAACCAUGCCAGCAAAUAAAGUAAAAACUACGUGCAGUAAUGUGAACACAGUAAGAAAAUCGUGCCGUUUAGGUUUAACUAAAACCGAAAAGUGAAUCGAAACUACCAACAUCCCCAAUAGUUAUUUCAUACAGCAGACAUAUUGCCAGGAAAGCUCAGGUGGAAUUAAUGAUGCCUGAGAGUGAGCCAGCAGGCACACCAGUGGGACCUUUCUAAAGUAGGAUCUCAAAAUUACCAACCUGUCACGAUUAAUAGGCUCUUUUUCACAGCAGAAAUUCUGACCUGUCAUAGAAAGGAAAAGCACAUGCGCUAUAAUAACAACAAUAAUGAAUAUGCUUUACUUAAGUGUCCCAGAGAGUUAUGACAGCAAACCAGAACACAUAGUGCAAAACCGGGACACUGAAACCGAAGCUGCUGAUUAAUGUUAGUAUUCAAAUCUGUGCUUUUCCUGCUUUGACAUGUCAAACACAAAAGGACAUUCGAGCAAAGACAAAGCAGCUCUUGCAUAAUGACAAAAUCCAAUCUCUAAAAACUGUACAGCGUGUCAGACCUUUUAAUACUUCUGAGAUCUUUUAAUGACAGGUGUUCAGUUUUAAAACUCGUAAUCUGUGACAUGUUGUUUUUCUGUACCAGCAGCAUGGAGAUAUUUCUGACUUCUGUGACCCUCUGACCUUCCCACUAGCACCACCGUGAGGAGGGCAUUUGUGUUUUUUAGUGAAAUAUAUCGAUAACUAUUGAAUGAAUAGCCAUGAAAUUUACCAUUCACAAAUCAAUGGUCCCGUCUAAGUGAAUUAUAAUAAUUUUGUUGUAAAGCAUUUUUGCUCAUGGCUACCCAUCAACCUUGUAUGGACUUUGUGUUGGUAGUUAGCAAAUGCUAGCACAGUAAUGCUAAGUUAGAAUGAUCAAGUUUCCAUCUAGCUGAUAUUAUUGAUCCUAAGAAGGUCCACUGCACAGCUUUAGACUUAAUUAUUGCUGAGUUAAAUAUUAUUUUAUUAAAAACAUUUGUGAGAGACUUCAUAUUACAAACCAUAAUACCCCUGAGGCCACUGUUUGCUGAAAUGCAUACCUCACUACUAACGGUCACAUGCGACUGAACUUCUGCAUCUUCUGCAUAUUGAAUAAAAAUAUACAUUCAUUUUCUGCAAAAGGCACAUUUUACUCAGCCCUUGAGAUACUUUAGCUUCUGAUAAUUUGCUGAGUUAGCUUGUUUUCUCUGACAAAUGUGCAUACAAAAGGUAAGGAUUAAAAUAAAAAACGAAAAAGACAGAAAAUCCAAAUCCAGCUGGAUCAUACAGACUCUCUGAAAACGUCUGCUUCUACCAAAUAUCUGCAGAGCUGCAUAACUACACAUGUAUUGCAUUAUUAAGGCAU